UACACGCGGGGAAAUCGAAUACCCGCUGGAAGACAAUAACUUUUGAGAGGGCGCGGUCGAUGCCCACGUUUUUCGGUCCACGGAGGUAUUCCUCGGUACCAUUGAAAUCCGAAAGUUGGAGAACCAACUGAACGGUCACGUAUGCGAUAGCCAAGUUCCCUGGUAGCCUUCAGGGGAACCCUAUAAAUUUCCUCGGCGAGCCGGAUAGUAGCAAGCCCUGAGCCGUGGAGCUGCCGGGAAGUAACAAGCGACGCGAGCCGACCUUUCGACCGGGCAGUCGUCAGGAUGUUCCAUCCGACCAGCACCCGGUAGCUUCCUUGCCGGGUCUAGUCGCGAUCCUCAGCCCCUGGAGGAGGAAGAAGCGUGGCCGUUUCAAGGAUCGCACCUCGACGAUGUCCAUUCGGGUCAGCGGCGUCUAUCUGGUGCCCAGCACCGGCGCCAACGAGGGCAACAACGAAAAAAGCAAUAAUCUCUCGACGGAGAACAAUCUGCAGCAACAGCACCAUCAUCAUCAUCAUCAUCACACGACCAAGACCGUGACCAUCGUCGCGGGGCCGCAGAGAAGCAACAGCUUGGAUUACUUGAAUUUCGAGGAGAAGCGACAGAUCAUCGCGUCGUCGUUGUCCCUCAGUGACUUUUUGGCCCACGGACCCGCCGCUGCUGCAGCUGCUGCUAAAGAAGUCGCAGCUAACACCGUCAUCGCAAAGAAACAAAAUGGGGCGGCCCUGCGAACGAACAGUUUGGGCUCGGGGGCGAGGACACCACCCCUCGAAAGGAAAAGCAAGUUCUCGGCCCUCGGUAGACUCUUCAAACCUUGGAAGUGGAAACGGAAAAAGAAAUCGGACAAGUUCGAGGCCGCCUCCUUGUCGCUCGAGAGGAAAAUCUCGGUACGAGCUAGCAGGGACGAGCUGGUACAGAAAGGAAUCCUGCUGCCAGUGAUAAGGUCCACGUCGUUUCCGGAGAACGGGAGCAUCAGUAGCCCCGCAAUAUUCAUGGACCCAUCUGUAGCACUUGGUGCAUUGAAUCAACUGUUUGCUAUUUAG